AUGGCUCGAAACACUGUGCUCUGGCGAGAUGUUGGAAGUGACGAAGGAGAACCGGCGUCCUUGCUCCUGCAGCCGAGUUUAAAAUGCAGCCCAUCAGCUCUCAGCCAAUCAUGCGCCUCCACUCCACAGCAGUCCUCCAAUGCGCGUCUGGUGCGUCUUUACGCCGCCGUCCAAUCUGGACGCACCUUUUUCUGCAGUACAGCUCAGAGAAUCAGAGAAAGAGAGGAGGGAAGAAACAAAACUAUUCUCUACACAAUAAAACGAUAA